GAAGAGCCCUAGCUAGCUAGUUGAAUCAGUCACAAAUCAUGGCGCUUCGUAUCAACCACGUGAGGUUUCUUCUUAUCGUUGCUCCAUUAGUCCUCAUGGUGGUGACUUCCGUGGCCGGAGAAAGUUUUCCGGUUGAUUCCUCGGUGAAACAAGAUUCAGCAAAAGGAAAUACGAUUAGGGAAGAAGUUUUUCACGACGAUUAUGGUUCUUGGAGCCCGACUCCAAAAGUUCCAAGAGGUAGUCCAGCACCUAUUCCUCAUGAUUUUACACGACCACGUAGAUUGAAGGUCUAAUGGAUGACCAAUAUCGAGAUAACUGAUUCGUUUUUGUUAACGAUCAACUGGAUUUUCUUAAGAUUAUUUACAGGAUUUCUAAAUACAUUAUAUGGUGUUUAAAUUUUAUUU